AUGUUCGCCCGGGCAGCACGACUCGUCCAGCAGGCGGCCGCCCUCCCGAAACGGCCACUCCUCGACCUGGCCAACAAGCAGCACGGCCACCUGCGGAAUUCAAAAUUCCUUUGCUACGAGGCGCAACGACCGCUCGUGUUUGACGUCGCGACAACCGAGGAAUUCGAGGAGCACGUGCUGCGAUCGACGAUCCCCGUCAUCGUCGAUUUCCACGCCGACUGGUGCGGCCCGUGCAAAAUGCUGGGCCCGCGAUUGGAGCAGAAGGUGCAAGGCCGCGAGGGCGCCGUCCUGAUGGCCAAGGUCAACAUCGACGAGGCCGGAGACUUGGCUGACGAAUUUCGGGUCAGCGCCGUGCCUACUGUCAUCGGGUUCCAGAACGGGGAAGUCGUCGCCGAGUUUCAGGGCAUGAUCGACGACGACCAAAUCGACGAGUUCCUCGACCAGGUCGCCGACGUGCCCGCCGCCGAACAA